GAUUAAUAUUUAUUGCCCGAUAAUUAUACAGCCAUCUGUUUCCCUCGCUCUUAAUGGUUAAAAUGUACCACAUAUCGACUCGUGUUUGUUUGUUACUGUGUUGUAGCACAGCAGUUUUUGCCAGCGAUCCCACAAAGUCGUACAUCGAGUUGCCGUUAGUUCAGGCUCACGAGGCAUCAGCCAAAGACAUCACUGUGGAGGAAUUCAUUGACGUCAGCUACCAGCCGGUGUUGAUAACCAACGCUCUCGACGGGAAGACCAUCACCGAGUUGGCCCCCUGGAGUUUUGGGCGACUGAACGGCAGCCUGGAGGCUGCGACGACGUUCUGUGCAGUCGCAACCGUCGCUGGAGAUGCGACACCCGACGAUACGGAAGAGGAUAGAGGAGAAGUGGAAGGAGCGAAAAUAAAAGAAAACGAAAGAAUAGAAGAUGAAAUCGAAGAAAAUGGCACGAAAGUCCGUAAGAACCAGAAUGAAAUCGGAGGAAAGACGUGGGACAUUGCAGAAGUGUCCCUUCGGAAGUUCGCAUUAGAAGGCCGUGGGUUCUCCGAUGAAGCGUUCGUCAACGUUACCAGGGAUAUUGGGAAGCUCAUCACACUACCAGGAUUUCUCGAGAGCUUUGAUUUCGAUGACGUCAUGAGAGCCGGUCUACAUUACACUCGAAGGGGAUGGACAUCACAAAUCGAUAAGACCAGCAGGUCCUUCUACAGCGCCUCAGUCCUCUGCAUGGUCGAAGGACGCGUUUCCGUCUCUUUGACUCCAUUCCCUGUCAUCCGGUGGGAGGACUUGACGUGCCAGGGGGACUCCUGUACCCUGAGGGUAGACGAGGCAGCUUCCCAUGCCUUGCCCGAUCAGAUGUUUUUGGUCAAAGCUGAGUUAGGUCAACGUGACUGCCUUUUCAUGCCGCUGGAAUGGAUGUGGCAGGCAUCAGCCUCCGUAGACUCGGUCGCCCUAAGGAUCAUCUGGGAAGACGACCUUAGCAUUCGCGAUGACGUUCUGGAUGACCUUCUGGCUGAAGGCGAGAUAAACCAGGAUGUCCACGAAGGACCUCAUCUGAAGGAAGAUACUGAAAGUAACCUAUCCGGUCGCAAAAAGAACCGAAGACGACACUCCAGUAGUAGAACCCUCUGGGAGGUUCUUCCUCGCGGCCUCCGUCGAACUUCUCCCGUCCUUUGGUCAGACGAGAACCCACUUCUGCAUCUCGUUAAAUUCUACCUUCUUUCCAGUCAGCGGAGAAGCAAGGCGCAGUUCCUGCAUGAUUUCAGAGUUGAUCGAGUUAUUCUCCCCAACUUGGUCGACUGUCCUUCCGAGUGCCAGGCCGCUGCGAAGAACAUCUUCAUCCUGUUGGAUGCUGAUUCGGAUGGCAUCCUUUCCGAAGAGGAUGCCUUGCAUCUGACCCAGGACGCCUUCGAUGCCCUGUCCUCCGAGUUGGAUGACCUGAUGGAUGAACUCAGAGAUCUUGGGGUUGAGCAGUGGGAGACAGUUGCUAGGGCCGGUGGAGAUUCGGAGUUCAUGGGACGGGCCAAGGACCGCUUGGUGGAGGGAGCGAAGGCCUCCAUGAGACGCUGGGUGGAAGGAGACAUGGACGAACAGGAAGAGAGGAGCUUGAAGGAAAAUAAUCCCAGUUUAUACGAAGAUAUCCUGGCAGCCAGGGAAAGGAAGGCAUCUGGCACUGUCAACGAAGGCAAAGAAGAACUGUGAUGUGAUGUUUUCUACGCAUAUCUUGCUACCAAUAUAGUAAGUUAGUCCUGUUUGUGAGGUACCAUUUUCUAUGAAGUAUCUGUCGUUUAAAGAAAACUGUUAUGAAUGGAAUGCUGAGUUAUUUGAAUUGUUCAUUCACUAUAGUGAUUCGUGCUGCAUGCAUUGUCUCUUUAUUUGAUAUCUUUUGUUAGAAUUGCUUGUUGGUAUGCAGGCCUGUAGCGAGGGGGCGUGUCGGGGGUCGAACGACUCCCCCCCAAAAAAAAAAUAUUUCUGGAAGUCCAUAUUGUCUGUGACUGUCCUUUUCAUUGAACUGUACUUUCAAUGUAGUAAAUAAUUAUACAUACUCUUUAGAAUAUUUGUUAAUUAUUGUCUUUUAUUAAGUCAAAGUAUAUAAAAUAACAGCAAAUAAAGCAA